CGGUACGAAAACAGCGCCUUUCGGAAGACUCAUAAAAAAUCUCGUACCGUAAAAUUGUCUGCUUGUCUAUAUCCUUUGCAUUAUUACGUUUCGUUACGAUUUUCUUCGGUCCAUGACCAUUCGUCUGAUCGGCAAUUCAGGAGUAAUAAAUUGAUAUAUUUAUUUAAGGACUCUUAAUUCUUUUAAAUACUUGAAUAUUUCGGAGCAGCACUGCAAACAUGGCGGAUGAAGAAUUACCAUCGGGGUGGGAAAAACGUCUAAGCAGAUCUACCGGUCAACAUUAUUAUUUAAACGUAUAUACAAAAGAAAGCCAAUGGGAGGUACCAGACAAGCCAGCUGAUCCAUCCGGUAAUGUCAAACAAGACGGUCCUGAUGAAGUUCGGUGUCGUCAUCUGCUUGUCAAACAUGCUGGAUCAAGACGACCUUCUUCUCGACGAGAAGAGAAAAUCACACGAUCUAAGGAAGAAGCACUCGACCUUGUUAAAUCUUACAGAGAACAAAUAGUCUCAGGGAAAGCAAAAUUUUCUGAUUUGGCUGCAAAGUACAGCGAUUGCAGUUCAGCGAUAAGAGGUGGAGAUCUUGGGCCGUUUACUCGCGGCGCCAUGCAGAAGCCCUUCGAAGAGGCUGCGUUUGCAUUGAAAGUUGGUGAUCUAUCGUUUCCAGUGAUAACUGACAGCGGAAUUCAUAUAAUUCAGCGAACGGCUUGAAUGCGUCCGAAGCAAAGUGUAAACCGCGCGUUUGGAAAAAAAAAAGACAAUUCGAUAUUAGUCCGGCAACGGUCAGUCUCCUCAAUUCAAAUUUGUGUAUCGUUGAUUGUUAAAUUUGUUUCAAACAUUUGAUAUCUUGCUCGUCCAGUGUGUACUUAGGAACUUUAAUUAACGAAAGUAAAAAGCAGUGUUAUUACAGCAAGUCCUGUUCACGAACAUUUUUGCAUUUAUUAGAUGAAUUUUUUGAAUGACUUUUCGCGUUCCACUCGAUAACCAAUUAUGUGUACGUUGUCAUUAGACUCGCGAUGAAACCUGCUAUGAUAAUGAAAGGAAAAUGUUGACGGAGCUGGGAGGAACUCUUAACACUCCCGUCGAAGUUCAGUCUCAGCGGGGUUAUCAGCGCUUCCAAAUGCUAUGGAAUUCUUUUCACUCCAAGUUUAAACUCAUAGACUUUUAUUUUCUUGCCGCAUUAGGCCAAUCCGCAUAAUUAUUGUAACUGUAUGAGCGAAUAUUCUUAAGUAGGAACGGGGUAUACGAAUCUCUAAUGCCCAAAACGAUGUUUUAAUACCAUGCGUGCGGAGUUUUCGACGAUUAUAUAUCGAUCGUGAAUAAAAUGGGUUAACCCUCUUUAACUGA